GGUCUUCCAAUGAAUAAUAAAAAAUCUUUUGUACCUUUCAAGGUCGGUUUAUCACAUUUCUUUCCUGGCUGCUUUCCUCAUAUUUAGGACUUUAAGAGUCAAGACUACUGCUACCAUAAAUUUGAUAAAAUCAGAGGAGAACGGAGACAAAACGACGGGAGGAGAUUUUUUUUCUUUUUUCUCAGCAGUUUUUAUAGUUGCUCUCUAGCACCCCCAGGCCUCAGGUAUGGAUAUGGUACUAACGGAAGUCUUAGGAUUUCCCGUGUACUUUCUAGUUCAGGUAGAAGAAUCAAGACAUGGCAAGUAUUGCUGUCAACAAGGAGGAAGUUGUGUCAGUGGAGCUGCCUGCCCCUGCUUCUUGGAAGAAAUUGUUUAUUCCAAAAAAAGGAGGAACUCCAAGGAAGAAUGAAAUAGUGUUUGUGGCUCCUACAGGAGAGGAAAUUAGUGGUCGGAAACAGUUGGAGCAGUACCUGAAGUCCCAUCCUGGAAACCCAUCAAUUUCGGAAUUUGAUUGGAGCACGGGCGAAACUCCUAGAAGAUCAGCAAGAAUCAGUGAGAAGUUAAAGGCUACACCUCCAUCCACUGAGAAAGAGCCGCCAAAAAAAAGAGCUCGUAAAUCACUAGGAGCAAAGAAGGAUGACAAAGAGACUGAUGCUGCCAAACAGGAAACUGAGAAUAAGGGACAUGAGGAAAUGCUAGAUGCUGGGGCAACUGAGAAGAAUAGCGAGGAACCAGAGGGGGGAAAUGAUAUCAUCAGGGCAACUUUAGUUGAGGGCGAAGGUAAAGCAGAUGCUGAAGAUAGAAAGGAGCCGGACUCCACAGUGAAAGAGAAUGGUACUGUUGGAAACGGCGUAAAGGAUGUUGGAGUGCAGAAUGAGACUGAUGAUAAGAAUGCUCCCAUUGCAGUUGAAAAAGGGGAAGAGAAGCUGGAUUCUAAAGAGGUAGAGAAACCAGAGACUGAGAUUGGAAAAGAUGAUGGUGCUGAUGCUGCAGGAAAAGACAAGGCAGGAACAGCUGCUGCUGCUGCAGCAGCAAGCAAUGGAGUAGAGCAAGAGCUGCCCAACGGUGUGGCGCCUCCUGAAGCAGAAACUAAUGAAGUAGAAGUGUGUGAUGGCAAGCUAAAGUUGCAGGUAGAAGAUGCGCGAGUGGCGGUGAUGGAAAAUGGCAAGGUUGAACAAACGGGGCAAAGGGAAACUGCACAAUGUCCGUCUCCAGCUCCAAUUGCCUGCUGAAUGUAUAGUCUGCAUCUCGUUUAAUUUCCUGUGUCCGGUCUAACUUUUUGGGACGACUAUAAUGUUAAUGUUUAUUAGUGCUUAGAUAUUAGUAGUUGGUCAGAAAAUGACUUUCUUAGUUUUCUGUGAUGCUGUGAUCCUCUUACGACUCGUGCUAUUGAGUAGAAUUAGAUUAUUGACUGUUUACUGUUUUUUUGGCUA